CUUUCUUUUAAUCUUUUUUCCUUUAGCGUAUAAAUAAAGCUCUCAUGUCUCUUCACUUGUAGUUUCUCAGCUUGCUAAUACUCAAUAGAGUAAAAGCAACAUUGUAAUAUGAAGUCGUCUUUAUUAAAAAACACGUCUGAUCUAGAGAAGGUAAUAUUACAAAUAAAUCAAGGUCGUGAAUUUACGCUCCAGUUAAGAGAAAUAAUAAAGAAACAUGUAGAUAUGGAUAACGAAGAUGCAUACAUGUUGGGCGUUAAGGAUUUGGUUGGAAAAAUAAUGAGUUCAUUUUGUGAGACUCUAUCGAUAUUAAGCUCAUCAAGUAUUAGUUGCAAGACUUCAUCAUUGAAAGAUCGAAGAGGACGAUACAAGAGAAGGAGAACUUUUGAGAGAAACAUAAAAGAAAUCUCAACUUUGGUAAAUGAUGGCCAUGCUUGGAGAAAAUAUGGUCAAAAACAGAUCCUUAAUGACAAAUAUCCAAGGAAUUAUUUUAGGUGCACUCAUAAAUUUGAUCAAGGAUGCCAAGCAAACAAACAGGUGCAAAGAAUUCAAGAAAAUCCACCACUGUUUAGGAUCACAUAUUAUGGUCAUCACACUUGCAAAACGUUUCCUAAAGUUUCUCAAAUGAUAUGUGAUUCUCCAAAUGAUCAUGAAGAUUCUAAUUCAGUCCUACUUAACAUUAAUUCUACCAAUAAUAAUUAUAAUAAUCAUCAUCAUUUUUUUGGAUAUGAUGGUGGAAACAGUUGAUUUUGUUGAUUUAUCUUUUUGAAUUUUAAACAUACGUAUUAAUUUUGUAUAAUGUUUAUGUACUUUGGAAUGAGAAUAAUUUUGGCUUCAACAUUUAUAUAUUCCCUUUCCUUUCAAUCUUAAUUUUUUCUCUACUCAUCAAAGGACUUGUGGAAAAAGUUCCCAAGGAUUAUCCGAAGUGA